CUUAAAUAUGGCAGCUUCCAUGAUUUGACGGAAGUCCGAGUUUUUACUGCAGAUACUGGUGGAAAAGUGAAUACAGUAAUGGAUGUCUUGGAUUUUUUGGACCCUCAAGUAGGGAAAUAUGUAGAUGCUUUAUUAAGAGAGAAUAAUGUUGGUGUUUGCGGAGGACCACUGUAUGUUUCAGAUCCGAAAACUGGGAGGCACACAAUUGCAAAAAAGCAUUGCUGUGAUCGCUUCAAGAUUCAGAUUCCAUAUGCGGGAAAUACUGUGACUUGGCAAGUUAUUUUUGACAGCAUGCACCCAUCAGAUCCACCCGAUUUCAUCUUCACUGACCAAGACUUGGGAUUCAUGCCCGAAGUUGAAGAAAUAAAGAGCCUCGUGAAUUGGGAUGCCGAGGACACCAAAUCGCUGACCCUGGUGAUUCGAGAACUGCUAGGUACCUACAAGGAACAUCAGAGAAAACUGCUAGGAGAUAGACUUCAGUUUGAAUACAACUCACUCCUGGAAACUGGCAAAUUCACUGACAUAGAGGUUUACCACAGCAGGAAAACCGCUAGGGGUCCAACCAUCGUUAACUUCCUCAUCAGACUUCCUGUGGACUUCUCAAAUAUCCCAGAAUUCCUUGUGAAGGACAACCCUGGUGAGGAUGCAGCCAUCCUAUUGGUCAGUUUCCAGAAUCAGGAAGCCACUAAGGUGUCCCCCCAGCUCUACUUGUCUCCGAGAGUUGAACACGUUUUGGGCGGGUCUGCGUCCCUUCGUAUCCCAGCAUUCCAAAAUGGAGGCUGUCUGAUGGAUUAUGUGCCAAAUGUCUGCCAACUCCUGGAAAACAUGGUUGACCAGAUUGUCAAAGGGUUUCAGAAAAGGAAGGAGUACAUCUCGGCAUUUCUCAGUCAUUACGGCAGGGCGAUACUAGAAUAUGAUGCAGAGACUUUCAACAGGAUUUCAUUACUACUGGAUCACAGUGACUUCUACUGUAUCCUACACAUUUCCAUUCCGACAUUCUUCCCACGCGACCAGCCUCACUUUGAGCUUCAGUCUAUUUACAACAUGACUACUUAUGGUAAGCUGAUAUCAGCCAUAGUGAAGGAAUAUCCCUACAGUCCGCGAUGGAGUGGCAACGAAAUGGCCGAAAGGGCGAGAGUGUUCCUGGAUCAGUGGAUCCCAGAAUUCAAGAGAACGUCCAUGUCUGGAGGUCGAAUGAGGUGACAGUUUCACGAUCAUGUGACAUAAAGUGACCAAUAGUGAACAUAAACAAUAGGAUAUUCUGUACAUAUAGGCUACAAUGGCAUUUCCAUACAAAUGAGUUUUAAUUUUAACUGGCACAAAUAACCCAGUGAUGUUAAUGCAAUGAUUUUUAUAAUCAUGUAUAGUGACCACGCAAAGAAAUACAUCAGACAUGUUUCAAUGCACAAGUUCAUAGUGAUCACUUAUUUGCAUUUGUUUGCCAUUGUACAGGGUGAGUAAAAAAAAAGGCGGAACCCAAACCCC